AUGUGGCUGUAUCGAGGCGCCCAGUCGGCCGUCUUCUACUAUGCCACCUGCACCCCCUGUGCGAACUCCAUCGAUCGUCGAAAACGCAUGAAGGAUGCCGCUCGUUCCAAGCGUGAACAGGCCCGACUCGAAGCCGUCGUUACCGACCAACCGCGUCCUUUUCCCCAGCCCACCGCUUUUAGUACCAACCAAGGAUGGAUGGAGGAAAUUGCUCUGGGCCCUGGGCCCCCAGCCCGGAGACACGGUCAUCGCUCGACUCAUCGCCGGACCGAAAGUUGGAACACUGAUGCCGUAUCCUCAGCCUCAUGUCAGGACCGCGACCGAAAAGGCGGCAGGAAGGACAAAAGCAGCCUGAUGCAGCCGUUGGAGGAUCGUUGGAACCGCAUGCGCUAUCAGCGCGAGGAUGAACCUCUCUGGGGAGAAGAAAUGGAGGUCAAGGGCUCCUCCGUAGGCCUCUCAGGCCGCGGGAGAGCCGAUGCCAGCGAACCGAGCAAGUACUAUAUCGCUCGCGUACCCCCCGUCAACGAUCUACACCCGCCCAUCGUGAGUGGUCCCAAAAAGCCGAGCGGAGACCCGAUGGAUGCUGCAACCUCCCGCCGAGCACCAAGUCCUUCUCUUACUCCUGUAUCCCCGCCGGAUCUCCGGUCGUCAAAGACCCCUGGCGCGGAGACUAACAUUUCUCUGCCUGCCCAACCAUCGCCAACAGCGCACCCCUAUAGCCGCGAUGAAUCCAAACUCGUGAUUACCACCCCCAUCCACUCCCCAUCAGUCUCAUCUGCGUCAUCCUCCCCAUCGGACUCAGAGAUAGAGUCUCCGCGGAUCUCGUUGCGGUCACCGGACACACCAGUGUCACGACCCACUUCGAAAGGUAUAGACGACAGCACUAAGCACAUCCGUCCAUCCAUCUCCAAAACGUUGUCCACCUUGCAGCGAGAUACCAAGAAGAUUCACAUGCUGCAGUUGGAGAUCAACGAAUCGCCUGACGAUGUCGCUCUCGGUGAAUUUGAACGCUUGCGACCAUGGCGGUGGAGUAUGGAUAUAUGA